AUGUCUUAUAAUUCAUCUUCUAGUUCUAAAUGUUCCAGAAACGUCUCUAACGAUCGCAUUGCCUGGCGUGUGCUCUCCAAUGCGCCAACUCGUUACGUUGUCUCACCAAAUAAGGGAUUCCUCUUUAAGCAGGAAAAAAUUGCUGUACAAGUAAUUCUGCUUAACGGUGCAAAAUAUCAUCGUCGCCACGCUUUUGUAGUCCAAGUGAAACCAGCUAGAAUGGAGGAGAACAACCGCAAGCUAACGUGGAGAGAUAUGUCUGCAGCAGAAGCAAAAGUUGUCCAAAACACGAGAAUAGGGACCUUGUGCCCAGCUAGCGUGGAUCUGACGCCAGGUUUGUCUUAA